UAAAAAAGCUAGCUGCGCUCUCUCGAUCCCCUGAUGACAUGCCUGAGUAGUGGGUUGCUUUUCUGGACGACGGUGACCAACAAGUCAGAUUAACAAUGGUGUACAGAGUUUGUGUUGUUGGAGCUGGCAUUAUAGGCGUAUCCACUGCUGUCAACAUUUUAGAGUCGAUCCCAAAUGUAGAGGUGACUAUACUAGCUGAGAAGUUUUCUCCCGACACCACCAGCAGUGGAAUAGGUGGACUGUGGUUGCCCUACCUAGCUAAGAAUACCCCUCAGGAAUCAAUCUAUAAGUGGGGCAAGACGACAUGGGAUCAUAUGAUGGCAAUUCUACGCUCUCCUUAUGCUGAUGAAGCUGGGAUUCAUUUGAAGCCAAUCUACGACUUGUUUGAUGUAGAGCUAGACAAGGACCCAUUUUGGAAAGACAUUCCCCUGAGCUACAGACGUUGCAAUCAGCAAGAACUUGAUUCAUUGUUCCCAGGUUACGUAUCCGGCUUUUUCUUCAUGACUCUGUUCUGUCUGUGUCGCCUCUACAUCCCAUGGCUCAUGAAAAGAUACCAAGCAAGAGGAGGCAAAGUUCUCAAGCAGUCACUGUCAUCACUGAGUGAGAUUGCAGAUUUAUAUGACGUCAUUGUGAUGUGCACUGGCCUCGGUUCACAUCAUCUACUCGGAGAUAAAGAGGUCUAUCCAAUUCGAGGGGAGCUUGUAAAAGUCAAAUCUUCGUGGACGAUAGCUACUAGUGCAGAAAAAGAUGGUGUGUUACAAAGUUAUCUUUUACCAGGAAUUGACCACGUAUUCUGCGGGGGAUUAGCUCAAGUUGAUAAUUGGAACGAGCAGUCGGAUCCUAAAGAUGUUCAAGGAGUUCUGGAAAAAUGUGCCCAAUUGGUACCAAGUAUAAAGAAUGCCAAGGUCAUAAGUUCUUGGGCCGGUCUGCGUCCAGGUCGCUCCAGUAUAAGACUAGAGAAAGAGAAUUUGCGAAUAGAAACUACAAUAAAAAAGGUUGUCCACAACUACGGCCAUGGAGGUUCGGGUGCUACAUUACACUGGGGGUGCGCCCAAGAUGCUGCUCAGCUGGUCAUGCAGAGCAUCCAAGAAUUAAACCGAUCUAAACUGUAGACCUUUAUCGUGCUCUGUGAUCAUCUGUGUCAGGUACCCUGGAUGCUACAGUGACUUAUUCUCAUAUCAUGACGGGACCGGACUAUAUUUUCCUUCCAGUCUCGAUUUGGUUACAUUUAGAGCAAAUACAUGAAAAACCAGAUGGCCGAAUCAUGAUAAAGGCCAAUACAUUACGAGAAAGCUCCAGUAAAGAUUUUCCCAACAUCCUUUUCACCAGUGGAUGUGUUUAAAGUGAAUGACUUGAGUCAUGGAUAAGCAGUUAAUCUGCCUUGGGCAGUCAGCAGCCCAUCUCGUGUGUGCAUGAUUCAUUUAACUUCAUUUGGAAGGAUUUAACAUGGAGAUAACAGGUGUGAGGUGUCAGACUAAAAUUAUGUUUUUAUUCUUGCCUCUUAUGAAGCUUUCCCGUAAUGACAUGAGCACAAGGAAAAGUCAAUGUCACUUUUGAUGUAUUCAUGAAGUUGACAAAUUAUACCAUUAUCAGUAUUCAAAAUUGAAUGAGAAAUUUUAUAGAGAUUUUUUUUUAAAUAUCUGCUUGCGAAAAACUGUAAUCUGUAAUUUCUACAGAUGUAAGAAAUCCUACUUUUUGAUGGACUUCUCUAUUUGCUGAGGGUCCAUUUCCAGAAACUCCUUAAAAUCUCUAAAUGGAGCGAGAGGGUUUAGAGCAUCGAAUUUAAGUUGUGGUUUUAUGUAAUUGAAGUGUGGGUUCGAAUCCCGGUCAUGACACCUGUAGUGUUUUCUUGAGAAAUAUGCUUUACUAUAAUUGUCUCUUAUUACCCAGGGGUAUAAAUGGGUACCUGCGAGAGUAUAGGUCUAUACUGUGUCUGAAAUAUUGGUGUGACAGGUGGAGGUUUAUUUUAAAGAGACUAUCUCAAUUGGUUGCGGUCUUUAUAACAUGCCAUUUUUUAUUAAUUGUUGUAUCAAGUAAACCAACAAGUGAAUUUACUGGGUACAUUUUAAAUAAUUUAGGUUUGAACAAAGACAAAUUGACUAGUAUUGAAAUAAAAUGUUGCAUGUUUU